CUGAACCCGGAAGUACUUUAUGUCGCGUCGGCUAACCGGCUAAUAUGACAGGUUGAAGUCUGGCAGAGUUGGGAGAUUUAGUCGAUAUUUAUCGUUGCAGCUUAUUAAGGACAUGCCAAAUAACUGGUGUUUCGCUCUUCGGGGACUAUUAUAAGUCGGGCUCCAACGACGUCCCCGACCAACGGCGUUUCGAGGUUUUGAAUUGUUGCUUGUAGUGUGAAACCCAACCGCAGGAGUAAGGUGUGCCUUCAAAAUGUUUCCCUCACACGCAGAUGAUAGGCCACGAUAGGCUUGUCAAGUUAUGCAGGGGUUAUGGAAAGUCUACAAAAUUCUGCUGAAGAGCAACAAUACACUUUAUACAAAGACAAUUCGUGGCCCAACAAACAGGAAUCAACCAACCAUUACAAAUCAGGUGUCGGUGGAUUUGUUUUAGUGCAUGCAGGAGCAGGUUACCAUUCGGAAUCCAAGGCCAAGGAGUAUAGGCAUGCAUGCAAAAGAGCUUGCCAGCAAGCUGUGGACCAGCUCAAAGCAGGGGCCCUUGCAGUUGAAGCUGUGGCUGCAGCAUUGGUUGAGCUUGAGGACUCUCCUUUUACAAAUGCGGGUAUGGGCUCCAACCUUAACUUGUCAGGGGAAAUAGAGUGUGACGCCAGUAUCAUGGAUGGGAAAUCACUGCAUUAUGGAGCUGUAGGUGCUAUUAGUGGUAUUAAGAAUCCUGUCUUAGUUGCACAUCGCCUGCUUAGUGAAGCACAGAAAGGGAAACUUUCAGCUGGCAGAAUACCACCCUGUUUUUUAGUGGGACGGGGAGCACAUGACUGGGCCAUUAGCCAUGGUGUCCCACCCUGCCCCUCAGAGAAAAUGGCCACUAAGUUCAGUUUAUCUGCAUAUAAGCGGAACAAAAGAAAGAUGGAGCUGGCUGAGAAAAUGGACACAGGACAUAAUCAAACAAAGAAAAGCAGACAAUCAAGUGGAAAUGAAAAUGGUUUGGAGUGCCUUGACACUGUUGGAGCUGUUGUCGUUGACCUGCAAGGCAAUGUAGCUGCAGCGGUGUCCAGUGGAGGUCUAGCAAUGAAACAUCCAGGCAGGGUUGGCCAGGCUGCUCAUUAUGGAUGUGGCUGCUGGGCUGAAAAUGCAUGUAACAUGAACCCCUACUCUACAGCAGUGAGUACCUCAGGCUGUGGAGAGCAUUUGAUUCGCACCAUGCUGGCACGGGAAUGCUCCGCUUCCAUGCAGUCAGAAGAUGCCCAUCAGGCGUUGCUGGAAGCUAUGCAAAACAAGUUCAUCAGCUCACCCUUUCUGGCCAACGAAGAUCGAGUUUUGGGUGGAGUAAUUGUCUUGCGGUGCUGCAGAUGUGCAGAACCUCAGUCGUCUCCAAAUGUUCAGGGUCCUCUCGUGGAGUUUCUUUGGAGCCACACCACAGAAAGCAUGUGUGUAGGCUACAUGUCUGCCCAAGAUAGCAAAGCAAAGACACACAUAUCCAGAUUACCACCUGGGACAGUUCCUGGUCGGUCCUUGGCCAUUGAAGGAGGUGUUUGUCGCCUGAUGAGCACGGCUUCUCCCUGUGCAAAUGAAUUUUUCACACUAUCCACUACUCUGGCAUGAUGACAUCUCCCGAAAAGACACCCGGAGGUUCCUCACAGGAGGUCUAAACGCUCACACAGCACAGGGCUUACGAGGCCUGCGUCUGAGGACGCCGUGACACUUCACUUCAGCAAGACAAAUGGUGAGUAAUGUGAUUAGCCUUUCAGAUACUUUUUUUUUAUUGUCCUCUUCAAAGGACAGGACCCCUGUGUCAAAUUGUGCACCGUGGCUCUGCUCAGGCACACGUGACACUUGCGUGGAAGGUGGACACAUCUAAUAGAAUUGGACAUCUUUGAAGUCAGAUCAUUUACAUUCAGAUUGGGAACAAGAGGAUAUGUUCCAAUAUGUUACAAGGAAUGUAAAUGAGAAUAUAUAUUUUAAAAAACGUGGUACCUUAUAACCGGGUCUCUGUAUUUACAUAUUUUACACAGCAAGUACUGUAAUCAUGAUAUGCAUGAUAACACAGACCUAGAAAUAACCCCAGUAAAUUAAAUAGAGACUCACAAUAGCUGUAUUGCAAUGACACAGCCUGAACAAUUGUACACUUUUAUAAAAACAUUAUGUAUACGCAUUUUACAUCAUUUUAAGUUCCAUGUGUUCUUCACUGAGAAAUUAAACAAAAUUAAACAAAAAUUCCUUGUCCCAUGCCGCUACCCUAUAAGAAGUUUGACUGAAAUUGGUUAGAUCCAGCCAUCCGUCCAUUUCCUGUACCGCUUUA